CCUGAGAAAAGGGUGCCAGCAAUGCCUGGGUCGCCUGUGGAAGUGAAGAUACAGUCCAGAUCCUCACCUCCCACCAUGCCACCCCUCCCACCAAUAAAUCCUGGAGGACCGAGGCCAGUGUCCUUUACCCCUACAGCAUUAAGCAAUGGAAUCAACCAUUCUCCUCCUACCCUGAAUGGUGCCCCAUCACCACCACAGAGAUUCAGCAAUGGUCCUGCCUCUUCCACAUCAUCUGCACUAACAAACCAGCAGUUGCCAGCCACUUGUGGUGCUCGGCAGCUCAGCAAGUUGAAACGCUUUCUCACUACUCUGCAACAGUUUGGCAAUGACAUCUCACCUGAGAUUGGGGAGAAGGUGCGGACUCUUGUUCUGGCAUUGGUGAACUCAACAGUGACAAUCGAAGAAUUCCAUUGUAAGCUCCAAGAGGCCACAAACUUUCCUCUUCGUCCUUUUGUGAUUCCAUUUCUCAAGGCUAACCUGCCCCUGCUGCAGCGAGAACUGCUACACUGUGCUCGGGCAGCCAAGCAGACCCCAUCCCAGUACCUGGCUCAGCACGAACACCUUCUGCUCAACACAAGCAUCGCAUCACCUGCUGACUCUUCCGAACUGCUCAUGGAGGUACAUGGAAACGGGAAGAGGCCCAGUCCAGAGAGGAGAGAAGAGAAUAGUUUUGAAAGAGAUACAAUUGCUCCUGAGCCUCCUGCCAAGAGAGUGUGUACCAUUAGCCCUGCUCCCCGGCAUAGUCCUGCUCUCACUGUACCCCUCAUGAAUCCUGGGGGCCAGUUCCAUCCUACUCCUCCACCUCUUCAGCAUUACACCUUAGAAGAUAUUGCAACUUCACACCUGUAUCGGGAACCCAACAAGGUGCUAGAACAUCGAGAAGUUCGUGAUAGGCACCACAAUCUUAAUCUAAAUGGAAGCUAUCAAGAUGAUUUGGUAGACCACCGUUUGACAGAAAGGGAAUGGGCUGAUGAAUGGAAACAUCUUGACCAUGCCCUGAAUUGCAUUAUGGAAAUGGUAGAGAAAACACGGCGCUCCAUGGCAGUUCUGCGGCGCUGUCAGGAAUCUGAUCGUGAAGAGCUCAACUACUGGAAGAGACGAUAUAAUGAAAACACAGAGAUGAGGAAAACAGGGACCGAGUUGGUCUCCAGGCAGCACAGCCCUGGGACUGCAGAUUCUCUCAGCAAUGAUUCUCAGAGGGAAUUCAGUAGUAGGCCAGGUACAGGAUACGUACCUGUGGAGUUUUGGAAAAAAACGGAAGAAGCUGUGAAUAAGGUGAAAAUUCAGGCCAUGUCAGAAGUACAGAAGGCUGUCGCUGAAGCAGAACAGAAAGCCUUUGAAGUGAUUGCAACAGAGAGAGCUCGAAUGGAGCAAACCAUAGCGGACGUCAAGCGGCAGGCGGCAGAGGAUGCCUUCCUCGUCAUAAACGAGCAAGAAGAGUCCACGGAGAACUGCUGGAACUGUGGCCGCAAAGCCAGCGAGACAUGCAGUGGCUGCAAUAUCGCACGGUACUGUGGCUCUUUCUGCCAGCACAAGGACUGGGAGCGGCACCACCGCCUCUGUGGCCAGAACCUGCAUGGCCAGAGUCCCCACAGCCAGAGCCGGCCACUGCUUCCUGGGGGUAGGGGCUCAGCCAGGUCUGCCGACUGCAGUGUGCCCAGCCCGGCCCUGGACAAGACCUCGGCAACCACCUCGCGUUCCUCAACACCUGCCUCUGUGACAGCCAUUGACACCAACGGACUCUGAGCCCAGAUUCCACUUAUCCUGGUGACCACUCAGCAUGACAGGACACUUGCAUCGGGGGGCUGGCUGUGGGAACCAGUGCAAGUAGCUGUUGGUCAUCAGCAAGGAAUGCAAUGGAGGCCGAAGGAGUCCACGGCCUCUCCCGACACUUGUCGUCUGUGUCUCUGUGGAACAAAUAUGCCAGUCUCUUGGCGCCAGGCAGCUGGCCUGAGCUGCCUCCUCCAUGGCUUUCCUGGUUUGUUCCUCUCCCAGACGAAGCUGGCUUAGCCAGGCCCCUUUCGGUGUAGACCACCAGCUCCCCUCCCUGCCUCCUUGAGUCAGCAGA